AUGAAGCCAGCACAAAUACCCUUGCACCGACUAUUCCAGAUCCAAGAAUGUCUCAGGCAUUCUCGCUGUUCGACUUCCGCUCUUCAUCUUAGGUCUUAUACACACAACUCGGACGACUUGGAACCCACACGGCGGCCUGAGCACGAUGAUGCCAUUUCUGAUGCCGAAUGGGACCUUCGGACUGGCCGCGCGAUUGAUGUUUUAACGAGCACACUCCCCCAUUUUUUCUCGUACGGAUUGGUAUCCUCAAUUGAUAGAGUAUCUGGCACGCCUCGUUCAGUAGGCGCCAUUGCCAGCGCAAAUCCUCUCGACUUUCGAAACAAAGACGAUGUGGAGACCAUAUAUAGCCCCAAAAUCCGACUUUCAUAUACCCCGCCAAUUGCCUUGCCGGCGCCUUUCCCCAAAACACUACACGUCGAAGGCUUGCCACUUUAUCUCAGCUCAGCUGUGUUCAUCAGACACACUCUAAACGCACUGUAUUCCGACACGCAAGUCAUAUUGAGGAAAGUUGUUGUCCAAACCCCUGGAUCCCGCAAAUUUCUUGUUGGCGGGGAGAGUGAGAAUUCGACCGCCCAUGAUAGCAAUCGAAGGAACCGAGAAAAAAGCCUUUUCAUAGGGUUGACAGUCAACGGUAUAGCCAGAGUGAGCGGUGGGCUGGGUGAAUGGGAUGUUAAUUCCACGUACACAUUCUCCCCGUUGUCGGGUCUCAUACACGUCCAUACCGUCGAUUCCAUCCAACCCGCCCCUCAUCAGACGGUUUAUGAUGCACUUCGCUCAAGCCUUGGUAAAGUGUUUGGGUUAGGGCUGCUCGACGGUGGUGAGCCCCAAGCUGGGGGUGCUGGGGUGCGAGUCGAAGGGCCAGUAGCCUGCGAAGCCGGCUCGGUUGAGAAGUCGGAGAGCGACACUUCUCCCUCACCUCAGCCCAAAACCCCAGUCGUGUAG